CUAAAAUUCAUAUAUUAGCAGGAACACUUCAAAACAUUUACAAAAAAUAAUAAACAAUAGCAAUUUAUUUACUUAUUUAUUUUAUUUUUUUUAUAAAGAAACAUCUUUCUUAAAAUUCAACUACUAUCUACCUACUUGUUUAUCAAUCUUAUUUACAAGUGUUUCUUUCAAUCUCACCUUUUUUGGAUUUGAGAUUGAGAAAUCGAUCCGAAAUCUGGGAGAACAAAUUUUCGAUCCAGAGAAAAAGGAGGAAAUCCAAGGAAUUCUUGGAUCUUUUUGAAGUUUUCAAAACUAACCAUUAGAUUCAAAUGCAAAUCAAUCCCCAGAUCAGAAUACAGAAAUUUUAGAUCAAUGGAGAAAGACAGGCCAUUGAAGCUUGACGACGAGCAAAUCGCCGAGCUUCGGGAGAUAUUCCGAUCAUUUGACCGGAACAACGACGGUAGUCUAACGCAGCUGGAGCUGGGAUCGCUUCUCCGGUCACUGGGCCUAAAGCCGAGCCCAGAUCAGCUAGAGGAGUUGAUCCAAAAGGCUGACACGAACAGCAAUGGGUUAAUUGAGUUCUCUGAAUUCGUCGGCCUGGUUUCGCCGGAGAUUCUCUCCUCUAAAUCUCCUUACACGGAGGACCAGCUUCAGCAGCUGUUUAAGAUGUUCGACAGAGACGGAAACGGGUUCAUCACGGCGGCCGAGUUGGCUCACUCCAUGGCCAAGCUUGGCCAUGCUCUUACAGCAGAGGAGCUUACAGGGAUGAUCAAAGAGGCUGAUACUGAUGGAGAUGGAAGAAUCAGUUUUCCUGAAUUUUCUCAGGCUAUUACUUCUGCAGCUUUUGAUAAUUCAUGGGCAUGACUUGUUCUUCAAUCAAGUUUUCUGAUCAUUUUAAUUUUAUUUAUUUUUGUUUCCCUUUCUAAAUUAAGGUAUGUAUUCUUGUGCUCUGUUUCUUAAAUUCUUUUACUCACUUUCUGCUUGGAUUAUUUUGAGGUUAUGAAUUUUGAUUUUGUGGUUCUCUUUUUUAAUGCUUUGGAAGACUAUAUUUUCCUUAUUCUUUGAACUAAUUUAAAAGUUUUGUGAAA